AAUUAUGUAAAAUGUGCAAUUUUUAUGAAAUUGAAGAAAAAAAUUGGUCAUGUAAGAUCUCUUUGAAAUAAAAUGAGUGUAUAUUUUUCUGGAAUGUUAAUAGCUUUUGCAGAGAGCGAGUUUACCAUGACCCUACCAUGACCCGGUCACCAUUCCAAAAAUUUGCAUGCAAUUAUAUUUCCACUCCAGUGUAAGCUGGCAGUGAAAGGGUUCAAAGGUCAACUAUUGUGAUUGCUCAUGCAAGCAAUAUUUCACUGCUGAUGCAAUUUUUGUUGGAGGUUUCUCCCCUAGGAGACCCUCUCUGGAAUGUUGAUAGCUUUAGCUUGUGUUUAAUGUAGUUGAGCAGUCAGAAUCAGGUACAGAGAUAACAUUUAUUCUGUGAAAAAUGUCUCAUAAGAAAGCAUUGCCUUCAGCUACACAGUUAGUAGAACUAUAUCAAAGUGAGGAAGUACUUUGGAAUAUACAUAAUUCAGACUAUUUUAAUAAAAGGAAACGGAGAAAUGCCCUGGAGAGAAUCGGUGCAAUCAUCGGGAUUACUGCUGAAGAAGUGAAGUCAAAAUUGCGAAAUAUGAGGACGUAUUACAAUGCAGAAAAAAAGAAGAUAGAGAAUGCAGGAAAACGUGAACCUGGAACAGAUGAUGUGAUAGAGUCAUCAUGGCCACUAUUCAAUCUUCUGGACAAAUUUUUGAGUGAUAUUGUGGUACGAAGGCCGACAAAAUCAAAUCAAGAUGAAGUAGCUGUUGAUAAUACGUUCAUUGGAACAGAUGCAGAUGAUGAUGAAGAUGAUUUUCUGAGCCAAGACAAAGAAGAUGACACAGAGAGUCAUGAUGAGAUGACAAGUAUUUAUUCCGGUGGCCCUUUAAAGAGGAAAGCGUGCAGUAACCCAAAGCGACAACCAAGCAAAAAAAGAAUUACCGAGAUCAAAGUACAGCGCGCUAUCAUACUUGCCGGUGACAGCUUAGAAUCAGUGAGAGCGGGAUUGGCAGCAGAUGAAAGAACGGCUCCGUUCCUGGUAGACGACGAUGCUGCACUUUUCAGCAAAAUCGUAGAAGCAGACUUUCGGAAAAUCAAAAGUCGCAGGGUUAGGCAUAAUAUUAAGAUGAAAGUUAUGGAUUUGCUCUUUCAAGGCACAUUAGAAGAUGAAAUGUACGGAGAGACGGUUGCACCGUCCACAUCACAGCCACGCCAUUUCCCUUCUCAGCACAGCAGUGGUCCAAUGAACUUGAAGUAAAUGCGGCCUAAUGUUUGUAUUCAGGUGUGUGAAAGGACUGGUGCUGGGAGGGGUGUGAAAGGAUCUCAUCUAUGUGUAGUAACAUCUUCCAAUUUUGAAUCUCCCAAACACGAACUUACUAUUUUAUGAACCCAAUUUGUGGUAAUGACUACCAUUGCCAAUAAUCAUUUAUAAAAAAAAACAUUUAAAAUUGCAUUUAAAAAGAUAGAAAAAUAUUCUGUAAUAUACUAUAUAUUUCUAUUUUUAUAUAAUUUAACCAAGAUAUAUUGUAGACCUAAAUUGUAAUAAAUAAAACAAUUACCUUAAGCAAGGUACUGUAUUGACAGCUGAAAUUUGUUUACGUAGGUUGGUUGAUUGUCUCUCUAUGAUGGGAGUAACUUUUGUUAAAAUUUUGUUGAGUGUUGUGUCAACCAUUUAAAUAUAUUUCAUAAGGCAUUAAUUAUUCUUGAAGUGCAUAAUGGCUAUCUACUUUCUUGUCUAGAUUUUAUGUAUUUGUUUUUGCUUGUGUAACUCUAUAGGCAGCUAAUAUUAAUGUGACUAAACUGCCAACAAGUAAUAUGCAUAAUAGAUAAUACAAUGCUAUAGACUUGUAGUGUAAAAUGCUAAUUAAAAGUGCUUCAAUUUUGACAAA